AUGUCGAGAAGCUCCAUAUCAAGGGCUCCAUCCAGAGUCCCUUCUUUGGUGCCCGAAACGUCUUUGGCAAAUUCCCGGGUUUCCGAUCUAUCUCUUUCGAGAACUGCUACAUCGGCCUCCACCACUUCGAUAUCGUCCCAUUAUAGUACAUUGGACUCUCAUUGGCUUCCCAACACCGUGGUUGUGAAUCAGUCGCGUAUGAAGAUCUCUCUGACUUUGACUCCGAAAGAAAUUGAUCUCCUGAAGUCCUCUUGGAGCAAAGUCAUCAGCUCGUCAUCAACGGGAUCAGACACCCCAAGGGUAAAUACUCCAUCUAUUCCUUCGGCCACCGGGUCUCUACGCGGAACUCCCCAAAAACAGAGUCGCUCAAUCAACAUUGGAACGACGAACUCAGGAUCCUCGUUCGCGUCAUCGCUGUUUUGUAUUCAGCUAUAUGAAAACUUUAUCACUCGUGAUCCUAUGAUUGAGAAACUGAUUCCAUCAAUUAAACACCAGGCAUCCGCUUUUGCAGGUGUGAUAAAUGUUGCCAUGUCAACAUUGGAUGAUCUCAGCAGAAUGAACGAGUCUUUGGAAAGUCUUGGAAGAUUGCACUCAAGAAUCUUGGGAAUUGAGCCGGAAUAUUUCCAAACGAUGGGCGAAGUUCUAAUCAAAACUUUUCGAGACAGAUUUUGCAACGACGUGGAUGAUGGGUUCUCACUCGAAACAGAAGAGGCCUGGAUCAAACUGUACUGUUUCCUUGCGAACUCCAUUAUUCAAGGAGGAAUCGAUCCCGUUAUCACUUAUGAGACAAGCAAAGGCGAACGAAGUUCCGUUGGCUCUCCUAAAAUCAACAAGAAACAGAGUAUUACGAGUUUGGAGUCAUUUUCGGGAUCCACACUGGCGUCCAGUUCCAUACCAUCGCCCAAGAAAUCUCAAAGUAUAUCCAAACCAUCUUAUUUGAAUGUCACGAAAAGAAAGCUGCAGAAACCAGCCAAUUUGAAGACAGGAGCCAAAUCUUCUGCAGAUUGCAUCAUCAUGUGA